AUGGACGAGUGGUGUGAAAAUAAGUUCGCUAGCUCCAUCGCUCACAAGUCGGCGCUUCAGUCGCGGUAUCAGUCCACCGAGGAGCCGAUCGGCGUCGAUACACAACAGAACACCAGCGAAUUGGCGAGUUCUACCUCCGUCUUCAAUCGAAUUAUCGGCGACGUGAAUAAAUGUCUUCGCGUUGUGGUCCGCUCGCUGCUGCUCGCAGGAACCUGCGACGCGAUGUCCUCGAUCUCGAUACAAACGCACUCGAUGUCCCCACCUCCGAAAAAUGUGCAGCAUUUCUACCGCUACCGGAGACCACCGCGGUCGCUCGAAGAGGACGAACCUCGGCGGCCGAAUAUCUCUCUGGAUCUGGAAUAUCUCGAUUACGAUAACGGCAACGAGGUCCUAACAAAUCAGAAGGAGCCAUACACGCAUCAACCUGUGGUCUUGGAGCAAGAAGAUCCCCACUUCGCCGAGCCCAUACCGAGUGUGACGGUGGCCGCAGGGAAAACAGCUGAGCUCAAAUGCAUCAUCGAGAAUCUCGGAAACUACACAGUCGCAUGGCUGAAUGUGGACAAGCAAACCUUGCUCGCGGUUCACACGCACGUCAUUUCGAACCAAGAUCGUGUUCGGGUGAGUCAUAGCGGUCAUCGAGAAUUCUCCCUGCUAAUCGAAGAUGUCCGGCCGGAGGACUCGGGCUACUACAUGUGUCAAGUGAAUACGAGACCGAUGAAGAAUCAAGUCGGAUUCCUCAACGUCGUAGUUGCGCCGUACUUCUUGGAGAGCGUCGGCAGCAACAUAACCGUGCGCGAGAACGAUAACGCCGUUCUGCGAUGCCACGCCGGCGGGAACCCCCAACCGAAAGUCACGUGGCGGCGAGAAGAUUCUCAGGUCUUCAAUUUGGAAAGGCGCCUCAAAGCCACCACCUAUCAGGGCUCAGAGCUUCAUCUCCGCGGCGUCGGUCGCAAAGACAUGGGCGUGUACAUCUGCCUGGCUUCAAACGGUGUACCCUCAUCGAUCAGUCGCAGGAUCCAUCUGGAAGUCAUAUUUCCACCUCUGAUCAGGGUACCUCACCAGCUCGUUCAGGCAUCUUUAGGGGACAACGUCAUCUUGGAAUGUCAUGUCGAGGCAUCCCCCCUCGCAGAGCCCGUUUGGCUUCAUCGGAGUCAGCGUCUGGGAUCCGACCACAAGUACCACACUUCCAAUAGCCAGGAGGACCUGCGAACGACAAUGAGACUGCGCGUCAAAAUCACGCACCGUAGCGAUUUCGGGAUGUACAGAUGCACGGCGCAAAACAAAAUUGGCCACACAGAGGCGAAGAUCACCCUACUGGAAAGACGUCCAACCUCGAUGCCGACGACCACAACUGUCAGGCCAACGAAAGCUCCCCGAAAACCCAGCAAAAGACCUUCGCAAUCGUUAUCCCCGCCGACCACGCCCCUGAUGUAUUGGAUUACGACGAAGGCACCUGUAUUCGUCAGCAUCUUCGACAUAAAUAAGGGCAAUAUGUCGACGUUGUGGCAUCGGAACAGAGCUCGAGAAUCGUCGAGUAUGGCCUCUGAAGCUGUCUGCGGCUGCACUUCAACGAUGCAUUUACUCCUUACAGGAUUGGUGUUAGUCCGUAUCGUCUUUAUGCCUCGAAAUUUAUGAAGGCACUUUGUUGAAUCUAGCUCAUCACCACCAAUACCAAUAAUAGACUGUUUGUAAUGCCUCAGUACAAUACGAAGAUCUCAAUAGUUGAUCGAAGCGUAAGCCGGCACCAGAUACCCACCGAUGUGCGGCGUAGGCCUCGCGGUAUUUCGAAGCAUGGCAGCAUCUGCAGCGUCGAGUAUAAUAAUUGAGACAGCAAGCGACUUCAUGUAAACUAUCGUUUCAUCAUUAAAGACGAGUU